AUGGAGGAGGCAGCUGAAUGGGGAUACGGACUUUGGCUACGAGAAAACUUUGCGGUGCCCUCAUGUGCUGGAUCAGGGGUGAUGGAACCCAAGAUCAGAAACGGCAGAGGACUCUGGCUCAUCACCUUUCUCAGCUCAGGUGUGCUGCUCUCCUCAGGGACCUUGCUUCCCAAACUGCGUGAUUCAGGCAGCUUGCUUUGGAAGCACGAUGCGUUGAAGACUCUUUCACCAGACAGCAAUGUUGACGUCAAAAACCCCUUCAUCCCCUGGGGCAGUCGCAUCCCUUCCCUCACCCUGCACGACUGGAAACUCAAGUGGACAUCUUCGGAUGUCACAGCUCCUCGGCGUGAACGGAAAGAUGGCAAAGGGCAAGACAAGAAGUCCCCUCAGGAAGCUCUGCCUCUUGAAGGCCCGGAGAUAGCCUUCUUCCCACUUAGCUGGGUACAAAGAUGGGGUGGGAAACGGAGCCUUGCGGUAGCCGACGAUGCGGCCUUCCGAGAAAAGAGCAAAAUGUUGACGGCUAUGGAAAGGCAGAAAUGGCUCAAUUCCUAUAUACAAAAGUUCUUGGUGGUGAACUCUGAGUAAGAAGGAGAGAUGGCGGCCACAGGGAAGGGGAAAUGACAACGAGGACGUGACACCAUUCGCUGAAACUCACCAAGAAUGAGCUUGCUGUUUCAUAGAACGAUGGCAGGCUUCAAAUCUGUUCACCCUCCCCCUCAGCCCUGUUUCCAAUUCCGUUCCAAAGUCUUUCCAUCCCCUCUCCACAAACACACAGGCAAUUGUCCAUUAAGCUGGUCUCCUCUGCGAAGGCCCCUUCCGCACAUGCAGAAUAAUGCACUUUCUAUCC